UUCAGUUCAUCCCCAAAACUGUCAAAGGCACAACACGCCUCAUAGACCCUGAAAUCUUAUUAUACAUCUUAUAAAUAAGUUGCCGCAUCUAGUAAUUAUUUUUUCUAUCCAGUCGUGUUUUAACCGCUCUUAAAGAGGUUCUGUCAAAACAUUACUGCCUAGUAUUCAUUUUAAGUUCGAAAAUUAUUUUCGCUAAAGGAAAGGUUUGCUGUAUACUUAUGACUCUAGAUAAAACAUUUAUGGGUGGACAUUAAAAAUACUUUAUGGUUUUAUUUUGUUAUACGAGGUGUUCGUUUCUUUGAUUAGUCUCUUCACUGUGUGUAAAAAUAAAGUACAUUUUUUUAUCUUCGGAUCAUUACGCCAAAAUGGCCCCGAAUUCAAUUCAAAAUGAUGAAGGCUUAGGAGUGGAGGUGCAACCGGAGAAUCUUACACCACCGAAACUUACACAAAUACGGCAUAAGAUAUUGUACGUUAAUUUAACGUAUUUCCUGUAUUGGCAUCUGGCGGCGCCCUAUGGAAUUUACCUGUGUUUUACAUCAGUAAAAUGGGAAACCAUUAUUUUCGGUUUUGUCGUAUUUUUGGCGGCAGAACUGGGAGUCACUGCCGGCGCCCACAGACUAUGGUCCCACAAGAGCUACAAGGCGAAAAGGCCACUGGAGAUCAUCCUUAUGCUGUUUAACUCUAUGGCCUUCCAGAACUCCAUAAUCCACUGGGCUAGAGACCAUAGACUCCACCAUAAGUACUGUGACACCGAUGCGGAUCCGUACAACGCCUCAAGAGGGUUCUUUUACUCUCACGUUGGAUGGCUGCUGACCAAGAAAAAUAAGGAAGUGUUGAAAAGGGGCAAGACCAUAGACGCUUCCGACUUGUUCAACAAUCCAGUAUUGCAGUUUCAGAAGAAGUACGCAAUCCCAGUGUUCGCGUUGUGUUGUUUCAUUCUGCCAACAGCAAUACCCAUGUAUGUAUGGGGAGAGACUUUGAACUACUCAUGGCAUGCCAACUUGUUGAGAUACACCAUAAACCUGAACGUCACAUUCCUCGUGAAUAGCGCCGCACACAUAUGGGGCUAUCGGCCUUACGACAAAAGUAUCUACCCAGCUCAAAACGUGUACGUGUCUCUGGUGACAUUGGGUGAAGGAUUCCACAACUACCACCACGUUUUCCCAUGGGAUUACAAAACGGCUGAACUCGGCAACAACAAGUUGAAUGUAACCACUUGGUUUAUCAACUUCUUUACGAAGCUUGGCUGGGCUUACGAUCUCAAAACGGUGUCGAACGAAAUAGUGAGAGCCAGGGCGAUGAGAACCGGGGAUGGCAAGGAUCUGUGGGGAUGGAAUGAUAAAGACAUCACGGAUAUGGAUAUGGAGCAUACAGAUAUAUUGUACAGCAAGACGGAGGAUUGAGAUAAAACAGCGAUGCUGGGCGCUGAGUAUUAAUAAAAUUAAGGUGUCAAGUUAACACUAUAGUGUGAAUAUUUAGUGACAAUAUAACUUCAUUAUAUUUUUAUGCGUUAGCGUGCGACAAGGUUUGUAUUUAUUAAUUUUACGACAGCAGGUGUAGAUUUUCAUGCACGCGUUUUUUUUUUAUGUGAAAAGUUAUGCAGUAUUUUAUAAGGUAGUUUUGUAAGAUUUAUUAGAACGAAAUAAUUUUGUAGAAACAGUGGCAUUGGGUAUAAUAUUUUUGUAAUAUACAAAGCCAGUUAUUUUUAAGUACAAGAAUGUGAUAAUAAAACUUUCUUAAGAUAGGACUUCAGGUAAAUUUUAGGCCUAUGAAAUAUGAAUUUUAUUACAAUAAAUAUUGUAAAUAAUUAUGCAAAAGUCAAGUAAUAAUGCUUCAUUGAAAUCAUCGUAUCUGAAUUUUCAUAAAUUACGUUUUUAAGACAUUUGUUCAAAAAUGCAUUUUCGGAGGUUGUAUACAUUGUUCGAAAGUUCAGAAUUACGGGUAAAGCCCGUAAUUCUGAACUUUCGAACCCGCACGCUUUCAUACAUGACGCCGUGCUGUAUUCUAUACGGUUUUCUUUUUUAAAUAUAGGUCAAAUCUCCUUGGAAGCGGUUUGAAUGUAUAACUUUGACUCACUAAAAAGAAAAAGAGACUGUAAUGAAUGUCUUAUAUAUGUUAUAAAUUACUUUCAACCUUAAUACUGAGUAAUAAGAAUGUGUUUUGUCAACAAAGCUAAUAUUUUAUAUUGAAGGUAUCCACAACUGUUUUUGUUAUAAUUUUGUAUGGUGUCAUCCUUCCUUCUUGAAUAAACCGUUGUACAAGA